AUGGCGAUGUUAGCUGGAGCAGAACAUCAUUUUUUCAACAUACUGAGUCUCUUCGGUGGCAACGAUAGGGAAGGGGACCACGUUCACAAAGACAUCAACUCGACGCUGGAUCAUCUCGUUACAAAUGCAAUUAAAAUGAAGCUCGCAUUGAAAAGACGUCAUGCUGUUUACGAUCCGUGA